AUGGAAAACAAAGUAGUAGCAGAACAAGCACUCUCAAACCCUCUUCUCACUCCAUACAAAUUGGGCAACUUUCAACUUUCCCACAGAGUUGUUUUGCCACCAUUGACAAGGCAGAGAUCUUUCAGAAAUGUUCCUCAGCCACAUGCUAUCUUGUACUACUCCCAGAUAACCACCAAAGGAGGCCUUCUCAUAGCAGAAGCCACUGGAGUUUCUGACACUGCCCAAGGAUACAGAGAUACACCUGGUAUUUGGACAAAUGAGCAAGUAGAAGCCUGGAAACCCAUAGUAGAUGCUGUGCAUACCAAAGGUGGUAUCUUCUUUUGUCAUCUUUGGCAUGUGGGGAGAGUUUCAAAUCAAGUUGAACAGUCAAUGGUGAAGAAGUAUUUGUGUUGCCAAUUGCAAUUACAUGAAUAA